AUUGUAGAUAACUCAUUGAAAUUUCCGAUCUAGUGUGGGAACAUGUGGAAGUCUUUCUCAUCCGAACUUCACAAUUAAUCGUGUGCAAGGCGUGUCAUUAUUAAAAUUAAGUCAUCGUGCCGUCAAACCAAAGUGUCAAGACAAGGCGUCUGGCUGUCAUAAACAGCAGAGAAAGGUGUAAAUGUUGACACUGCGCCCAAGCUUGCCAUUAACGUGCGUGGAAUGAAUGAUGGAAUGAAUGAUGGAAUGAUCAAUGAAUGAAACUCAAAAUCAAACCAAAAAGACAUUCAACUCAAGUCAGUUUAAGAUGACAUGGAUGAGACGACAGACACUGGAAAACCAAUCUCAGAACGUGAUGAUUAUGGAGAGACUUACACUACUUUUCAUUUUGGCCAUUUUACUACCAAUCAAAUGUGUGGGCCAGACUUCAAAUUCAACAACUCCUUUGAUGUCUGAAACAACUGAAGCUACGACUACCCCACCAUUGAUGACUACCCAACUAGUGACGACCACCCCACCAUUGAUGACUACCCAACCUGUGACGACCACCCCACCAGUGAUGACUACCCAACCAGUGACGCUUGCGUGUCCAGACAACAUUUUGUCAAAUGCUACAGAAGUCUUGUACACAGUACCGACCGCUUCGGAUGGCACCUCAACCGUUUCAUGUUCACCACCGCCAGGAAAGUUUGAAGAAGGGGAGACCAUGGUCGUUUGCGAUGUUUUAGAUUCACUAAAUGCCACAGUUGCAAACUGCACUUUCAGUGUGACCGUUCUUGAUACCACCCCUCCCAAUGCCACCUUCUUCAAUUGUUCUGCGGACAUUCUAUCAAAUAAGACAAACGUUGAUUACGUGGAACCAGUGGCUUUGGAUGGCCAAGAGAGCUUGACAGUCACAUGUCGGCCGUAUCCCCCUGGCUCCUCCUUCCCCGAGGGUAAUACGAAUGUCGUUUGCACAGCAUCGGACCAAGCGGGCAAUGUUGCCGCUAAAAAUUGUACAUUUACUGUGACUGUCGAUACAACUCCUCCAAAUGCUACAUUUACUAAUUGUUCCGGGGACAUGCUGACCAAUAAUGCAAUAGUGGACUACGAUGAACCAACUGCCUCCGAAGGAGAUGUCAGUCUGAGUGUGUCAUGUGACCCACCAUCAGGAUCUAAAUUCCCAGAAAACCAAGAUACAACUGUCGUUUGUACUGCUUCAGACGCUGCUGGAAAUGUUGCUGAUCAAAAUUGUACCUUCGUCGUCACUGUUGAUACAACUCCUCCAGUUGCAACAUUUACUAAUUGUUCUGAGGGCAUGUUGACCAAUAAUGCAACAGUGGACUACGAUGAUCCAACUGCUUCCGAAGGAGAUGUCAGUCUGAGUGUGUCAUGUGACCCACCAUCAGGAUCUGAAUUCCCAGAAAACCAAGAUACAACCGUCGUUUGUACUGCUUCAGACGCUGCUGGAAAUGUUGCUGAUCAAAACUGUACCUUCGUCGUCACUGUUGAUACAUUAUCCCCUGUUCUGGACCAAAACACCUGCCCGUCUAACACCUCCCAUUACGCUGACUACGCCACUAACUCCACAUACGUGACAUGGGAGUACCCUAGGGCUACUGACAAUCUGGACCCCGAACCCACGGUCACCUGCUCGCCCCAAUCCAACACCAAAUUUGAAAUUGGUGAGAGUACAGUCACGUGCAUAGCAACGGACGCUGCGGAGAAUGUAGCAACGCCGCCCUGUACUUUUCAAGUCAUUGUAACAGAACUGAGAGCCCCCACUAUAGACAGCAUCUCCAACAUCACCAAAGAAACAAUGCUCAUCACGUGGUCCUCCCCUGAUGUCGUUGAGAAUUUUACCGUGGAAUACUCCGGUACAUUUCAAGAUACCGAGACAAAAAAUACAACCCUGCCCGGUACAGAAGACAGCUAUGAACUGACUAGUCUGGUUCCGGGGGAGACCUACACCAUCAAAGUGAUUGCUGAAAGCGAACGUGCCUUCGCAGAGAGCGAAGAACGAAAAAGAACCACAAAACUGAAUGCGCCAACAAUCACUGAUGCCACCUCGGUUGGCAUGACAUCAAUAACCCUUCAGUGGGGAGCAGCCCCAAACAGCUUUGUGGAGAAUUACACCGUGGAGUACACUGGGAUUGAGGAGGACAUGGUUUUGAAAAAUAUGACAUUGGGUGGCACAGAGUUGAGUACAACGCUUGAUGAGCUGCUGCCUGGGGAGACAUACACGCUGAGAGUGGUGGCUAGUAGUGGGUCGGUAGAGAGUGGAGAAGUCUUCGCUGAAAGCCAAGAAGAACAGGAAACUACAGUGCCUAUGCAGGUGACUCUCGAAGAGAUUGAUUCCACAGUGAGUUCCAUCACGGCCCAAUGGCCAGCACCGACUGACCCACAGUCACCACUCACUCCAGUCAUCGAGUAUUACAUCAUCAAAUGCCCAGAAGGAAAACCUGAGCCUGAGCGAGUCGAUUACUCUGAGAAUGUCGAGCAAGCUUCUUGUGUUAACCUCCCCAUGGCUGGCAAAAAGUACACCAUGACCGUGGAAUCCCACAGCGGCGAUAAAAAUUCCUCAAGGUCUAUCCAGAUAAUUGCACUACCUAACGGCGUCAAGCUCACUGAAGGAGUCUCAACCACAUCAUCUGUCAGUGCCUCCUGGGUCUUCCCAGGAGGCCAAGCAGAUGGCUUCAACAUCUCCUGCUCAGAAGGAACUCCCGAUCCAGAAGAGAUCCUCAUUGGGACUACCACCCCAUCACCGAGCUACGAAGCGUCUUGCAUCAAUCUACCAACGCCUGGUGGUACAUAUACGAUGACCGUCUAUGUUGAGAGCGGAGGGAGACAGAGCAACUCUUCCCACAUCCAACUGACUGCCUUGCCAGAGGCAGUUGAUACUCUCAUUAUUGAAAGAGUCUUCACUACUGAAGUAAUAAUUUCCUGGAAUGUUCCGUCGAGUGGAGUCUUCAUGUCUUUCAAUGCGUCCUACUCCGGAGGAGUACCUAAACCUAUCGAGCAUGAAAACGGACAGACAAGCUACGAAACGAGCUUUACUGGUCUGGUUCCCGGAACAGAGUACACUUUUAGAGUGGUAACCCUGAGUGGGGAUAAAGAGAGUGCGGAGGAGACUGUCAUCCAGAGAACAAUUCCCUCUGCGAUAAUAAAGUUUGUCUCAAGCACCCUGACUAAAACCACCAUCACGGUUACCUGGGCUGAGGUCGAUGGCAACAAAGAUGGAUACACUGUCUCAAUCGAUCCAUCUGAAGGGACCUUGGAUCCCAGAGAACCCUUAGAUGAGAAUGCAACAUUCUCUGGUCUUACUCCUGGAAAGAUGUACAGCAUUUCUGUAGUAACAUUAAGUGGCAACUCUGAAAGUGCCUCUUUUGGAGAAAUUUUGACAACUAGACCAGAUUUCCCUGGGCCAGUGAGUAAUUUGGUCAUCAACGAUGUAAAGUUACACAGUGCGAGAGUCAAUUUUGAGGAACCAACGGAGCCCAACGGCAUCAUCACUAACUAUCUCAUUACAUACAGCGGCAAAUGGAAGGAGGAGACAGAUCCUGAGAAAAAUCAAGAGGUGACCUUUGAGCAGAUUCCAUUCGAUGUAACAAACCUUCUCGCUGGAUACACCUAUACAUUCACAGUCCAAGCAAGAAAUGAAGCAGGUCUGGGUGAAUCUACACCACCGAAGUCAAUCACAACUCCAACAAUACCGCCACCAUCGACAAACCCGGCCAAGCCUGAUGAUCAGAAUGCGUCCACGAAACCAACGACGACGUCAAUCACAGCGCGGUUCUUGGACACUUACUUCAGUCACAGCAACGGAGAGCUGAUCAAUUAUACAGUUAUCAUUGCUCAGGAAGGAGCUGACGCCAACGACGUCAAAGAUUCUCCCCAGGCCUGGUCAGAAGUCAAGGAUAUGGCAACAAUCCCGCCAUAUCAGGCAUUUUCACCCAGAUCAUAUCCCUUCUCACCAGUUCGAUCUGGACGAAGGAAACGUCAAGCCUCACCUCGAGAAGAGCAAGUUGUGUUGGGAAUUGAUAAGUGUCAGUCACCAUCCAGUGGGUACUGCAAUGGACCACUCAGAGAUGAUACUAGCUAUGUAUAUCUGUUCCGAGUUUGGAAUGAAGCUGGCUAUGCAGAUACUGUCUUCUCAAAUCCUGUCAAAACUCUGAAUGACAAUUCCUUGGAGCUUGGUUUGGGCCUGGGUCUGACGUUUGGUAUUUUGUUCAUCGUUCUCAUCGUAGUGGUUCUUCUUGUCAUCAGGCGUAGACGGCAGCUUUCAAAGGGAAGAUCCAGCUCCAAUUACCAGAACGAAGGCUUUGAACACGACCUGAUUCCGGUGCGCAGAAAGGGAAACACGCGGCCCGUACGCGUGGAGCACUUCCCUGAACAUUACAGGCUUAUGAAAGCUGACUCGGACUAUCUCUUCUCUGAAGAAUACGAGGAACUGCGACCGAUUGGUCGAGAUCAGGCAGCCGAGGGCGCCGUCUUAGAUGUCAACCGUAGUAAGAAUCGUUUCACCAACAUCCUCCCUUAUGACCACACCCGCGUCAAAAUGAAGCAGGUUGAUGAUGAAGAAGGGUCAGAUUACAUCAAUGCCAACUUCAUGCCUGGAUACAACUCACCGCGGGAAUUCAUUGCUUGCCAGGGCCCACUGCCUGGCACCGAGGAUGACAUGUGGCGCUUGGUAUGGGAACAAAAAGUAUCCACCGUCGUCAUGGUGACACAGCUGGUGGAAAAAGGCAGGGUGAAAUGUCACAAGUACUGGCCGAGUCAGGACAAGCCGGUGUACUUUGGCGAAAUAUUGGUCACCCUCUCGGUAGAGAAGAAACUUCAGUUGUGGACCAUUCGUGAAUUUCAGCUUCAAAAGGGUGAAAAGAUACGCAAAGUACAUCACUACAACUUCACCGCCUGGCCAGAUCACGGCGUGCCGGAGAACACCGACGGUAUCCUGCGAUUUGUGCGCAACGUCCGGAACCAGAUUCUGCAGGAUGGACGGCCGACAUUAGUUCACUGCAGUGCUGGUGUUGGACGUACUGGGACCUUCAUCUGCCUGGACCGUCUGAUGCUUCACCUUAAAGAACAUGACUAUGUGGAUGUGUUUGGAAUCGUCAACGAGAUGAGGAUGCAUCGAAACUUCAUGGUUCAGACAGAGGACCAGUAUGUCUUUAUCCAUGAGUGCCUCAUGGACAUACUCCAAGGCCGGCAGUCCAAUGGAUCCAGCCCAAUCUAUGAAAACAUGGCGGUGUAGAGCCGGCAAGAAGUCUUGUGUUUAUCAUCUAUGCAGCUCAUACUUGGAAAAUGCAAUAAAAAGCAAGUGGAUGCCUCAUAAAUAGCGUUGGUGUGCUGCUGUGUGGAGCAGUGGAGUUGGAACACCUUGAGGUAUUGUCUUUUUUAUACAACUCAGUAGGACCAUUUGUGAAAAAUGAUUUUUAUUUUAUAUUUUUUUUAUUGAGAGAUAAAGAGAGGAGAUAUUGAUUGAUUGAGUUUUAUGGAGAUGUGAAUAUACUGUGCUAUUUUUAGAAAACCAAAGCCUGUAGAUUCCUUGAUUUUAUAUUCCUUUCAAAGUGGGAAAAAGAAGAAUUUGGGUGAUUUCUUUUUGAAAAACUAUUUUUCAGUCUGAUUCUUGGGUUAACAUGUAAAUGUCUAAUAUUUGGUUCCCGUUUCCGAUGUAAUGCCAUAAGCAAUACAGUGCUGCUGAAGAGCUCGGGAGAGGAAUAAAUACACAUGCUUCCAUGGGAGGGACUUAAAUGUUACUCAUGCUGAAGCCUUAGAAACUUGAUUUAUUACGAGCUGUUCAGGAUCAGCUGGUGCUUUGGAAUACGUAGGUGAAAGGAUAAACACUAAUACUGAAAAUAACGUCACCCCAACAUAAAACCUCCACCAGAAGUUGCCCAACUUUUUCAUAUGCACUUUUCCGUAUUGAGAAGAAAAUAUUAAGUUAUUUUGUAUUGUGUUGAAAAAAAAAGUGCUUUUUGAGUAACUAUAAUCAAUACUUUGUUAAAUUCAAAGAUAUUCACCUUGACUUUUCUGUAAAAAAAACAAACAAAUUAGGUUUCCUUAUUGGACCACCUGUCUUGCUUGAAGUACUAAUUAAUAUCGGCCAGAUGUGUGGAACAAACAAUUUGCAUGUUAAUUGCCAUUCCAUACUUUCCUGGAAUAAUCGUUACAAGCAGUUUCGGUGCUAAGCCGCUUCGUACUGGAUUUACCCUGACAUGUGGAUUACAUGUAAUUGGAAUCAGUGAUACAAACAGGCUAAAAUGAAAAAGCUGUUGUGAAUUGGCCGUACCCCAUGACUUGUGGUUGUGGGCAGGCCUUUUUCUUAGAAGAGGUGCUUAAAAAAAAAAUCAUCUUGUCUAAUUGUGUAAUUAGAGAGGAUGGACAUUUUGUCAUCCUAAAUCGGCGUCUAAUGACAUAGUACAUUAGUCACCUAAUCACCAGAUGGCUGGAUUUUAUGUAUCAACAAAGACUCAUUUCGUAUUUGUGCAGUUUUAUUUUUCAUUUGAAGCCACAAAAUUGCUCAAAAUCUAAAGUAAGGUGAAUAACAAUUAAUUUCAGCUCAGUGGAUACUGUACAUUUUGAGAAAACAUGUGCACGUUUGUUUUGAUUCAGUUGCUAACGCACGUAAAAAAAC